CUUUCAUUUGCGGUGAUAGCCAAGUCUUAUUCGUCUCUCCCUCCCUCUCGACAUCAUUAUCAUUCCUCUUUUGUUUCUUCUUUUACAAUUUCUCUAAUUUCUUUCGUUUCUCUAUUGUCGACACACAUAGAUUUAUUUCUUCCCGUCCCAAAGAGGAAAAAGCCUUCGUGUUACACACUAGGAAGAUUAUCACACAGAUAUAUAAUACCCAGACCCAAAUUUCUACACAAGGGGAAAUCAAGAUGAAUGGACAUCGACCGGUUCGAAAGUUGGAGGCAGGCAUCAAUGUUCCUAUGGUGACAUUCUUCAACCCAGAGACCGAAGAUGUGGAUGUGGCGGCGGUUGCCAAACACGCAGUCAGACUCGCAAAGGCAGGUCUGAAAGCCGUCACCUGCCAAGGGUCAAACGGUGAAGCUGUCCACCUCACUCGAGAGGAGAGAAAGUUGGUCACCAGCACGACGAGAAAGGCACUGGACGAUGCCGGGUUUUCAGACAUGCCGAUCGUGGUAGGAUGUGGAGCACAGUCCGUAAGAGAGACCGUUCUGUUUUGCAAGGACGCGUACGAAUGUGGCGGCGACUAUGCCUUGGUAUUGCCUCCGUCAUACUACAAGGCGUCGUACAAACAAGAAAGUUUCGUCGAGUUCUUCGAGGACGUCGCCACUGAAUCGCCAAUCCCCAUCCUCAUCUACAACUACCCCGGUGCCGUCGCGGGCGUCGAUCUCAGCUCUGACACCAUCAUCAAAUUGGCCAAACAUCCCAAGAUUGUCGGAUGCAAAUUGACCUGCGGAAACACUGGCAAACUGAACAGAAUUGCUCAUGCGGUCAACGCCGCCACUGCCACGAAUCCGGGUUCGGGAUGGCUUUGCUUGGGCGGUUCAGCCGACUUUACUUUGCAGACAAUGAUCGCUGGUGGGUCUGGAAUCAUCACUGGUCUGGGUAAUGUGGUACCCAAGGCUUGCGUCAAGGUGUUUGACCUGUAUGCCCAAGGCAAGGUUGAGGAGGCACAGAAGAUCCAAGCAAUCGUCGCUCGCGGUGACUGGGGAGUCAUUGCGGGGGGCAUCACAGGCACCAAGAGUGCUUUGCAGACGUACUAUGGCUACGGUGGGUACCCCCGACGACCACUGCCCAAGCCAAGCAAGGAGGAUGUGGCCAAGUUCGAGGCUGCUCUCAAGGAAGUCGUUGAACUCGAGAAUUCAUUGUGAGGAACGACAUGGCAUUUGGAGAACAUUAGAUGAGCCCAGAAGUAGACUCGGUGGGCAUUGCAUUGUUGUCGCUUUAUCCUCGGGGGAUUGUGGCUUUGUCGUGUGAUGAGGGUGUCUUCGUCGAAAGCUUGAAAUGUAUAAUGCUUCUU